AUGGGAGAUGAUGAAAAAUAUCCAUUCAUAGAUAAAGUAAGUAAAAAACAUAUUAAUAAAUCAAAUAAAAAAAAAAAAAGUAAUAAUAAUAUAAGUAAUGAAGAAAAUAAAAAAUUAAAUAUAAACAAUAUAGAAGAAAAUCAUAAAAUAGAUAAUACUAAGGAAAGUAAUAUAGAACAAUUAAAUGUCUCUCUUAAUGAUGAUAUAAAAAAUUCUAUAACAAAAAGAAUCCCUAACAUAAGUAGGGAUUUAAAGUUAGAUGUUUGCGUAGCUAUUCCUUCAACAAUAAUAAAUAAUAAAAGUGAUGUUAUUAAAUCAUAUUUAACUAGUUUUUUGGCAAGAAUAUUUACGAUUUUUUCCAUAUCGAAAAUAUAUAUAUAUGAUGAUUAUCUGGAACAAGAAAAUUUAAUAAAUAAACAAAAAAAUUACGGUGAUUAUCAAAAUGAAAAAUAUAAAAAGGAUAUAAAAAACAAUAGUAAUAAUAUUAAUAAAAAUAUGCAUAAUAAUAUAAAGAAAGACCCAAAUGACAAUGAUCAGAAUGGUUUUGACAAUAUUGUAAAUAAUGAAAAAAACAAAGAAGAAUCACCUCAAUAUUCGUAUUUAUGUAAAUAUAUGCAUUAUAAUUUACAAUAUUUAGAAACUCCUCAAUACUUAAGAAAACAUUUAUUUCCAAUUACAAAUUUUUUAAAAAAUUCAGGAAUUAUGAAUCCAGUAGAUGCACCUCAUCAUUUAAGGAGUGAUGAGUGGUUACCUUUUAGAGAAGGGGUAGUUCUUCAAAAAUCGUCAAACGGAAUUAUUGUAGACGUUGGAUUAUUUUCAAAUGUACUCAUAGAAAAUGUAAAUUAUAUAAAUAUUGGAACAAGAGUUACCGUUUUAUUUCAAUCAAAUUCAUAUGAACUGUUUCAAAAAAAAAACCCCAACGUUUUAUUUACAGGUAAAUUAAUACAUCCAUCUGUACCCAAGUUGUAUAAUUUAUAUUGGGGAUAUUCCAUUGAAAUAUUAAAGAAUUUGAGUGACAUUUUUAAAUUACAAGUUGACUACUUAAUUGGGACAUCAGAAAGGGGGAAAUUCAUUGAUGAUACUAUGGUAUCUUUCAGGGAUGCAAAAUCCGUUCUUAUCGUUUUUGGAAAUAAAGAUGGGUUGGAAGAUUUGUUAAUUAAAGAAAAAGAGAAAAAAAAGAACAAAAUUUUUUCACCUGAAAAAAAAGUUAAAGUAUUAAAUAAGAUGUUAAAAAAAUUCGAUUUAUUUAUUAAUACUUGUCCGUGUCAAACCUCUCGAACGAUCAGAACUGAAGAGGCCAUAACAAUAACUUUAUCAUUGUUACAUAAUAUUUUAAAGUAG